CAAAGGUCAAACAUAGGCACCCUUCCAAACAUGGCGGACGAGAAAGAAGUUGAGGAAAGUAGUAGUGUUCCGAGUUCAGAUCCAUUUGAUCUAGUGGUGGAAGGAUGUCGAUUGCCUGUAAAUAUGUCAAAUUCAGACGAAUGGCCACUAGCAGAAAUUCUUAGUAAAAAAGAUACUGAUAAUGGCCUUACGUUUUACGUUCAUUACAUUGACUACAACAAGCGAUUGGAUGAAUGGGUUACGCCUGAACGCCUGCGGCUGGAAGGGCUUCAGCUCCCGAAGAAGGAUGCUAAGACACCGGUGAAAGACCGAGGCCUAGGCCUAACUGUAAACAGUUGUAAUAGUUCAAGGGCUUCUAGUCCUGCCCCACCAGAGUUAGUGAAUGGGAAUUCAAAUAGUAGUGCUACACCCCUUGCAACUGUUCCUCCACCACAACCAGCCAUUGCAAUUAAGCAAAAGACAAAUGUUGGCAGGAAACGAAAACUUCCAUUUUCUGACUUAAGCACAACAGGGGAGGAAAAUCAAGAUGGAUCACAAUCUCAUGAAGUUCAACCUCGACAGACAGGAAGCAUGGUGACCGAAAAAAGCGAUGAUGUGCUCACCAGAAUCAAAAACAUUAAUUUGAUCGAAUUAGGAAAACACAGGAUUAAACCUUGGUACUUUUCACCAUAUCCGGUUGAAUUAACCAGUAAACAAGUCAUAUAUCUCUGUGAGUUCUGUCUGAAAUAUGCCAAAAGUUUCACUUGCCUCUCUCGGCAUAAAACGAAGUGCAACUUAAGGCAUCCACCAGGUAAUGAAAUUUAUCGUAAAAGUACCAUCUCAUUUUUCGAAAUUGAUGGACGAAAAAACAAAGCUUACUCACAGAACCUCUGCUUGUUGGCAAAGUUAUUUCUGGAUCAUAAAACUUUGUACUACGACACGGAUCCGUUUCUAUUCUAUGUCAUGACGGAGUAUGACAGUAUGGGUUUUCAUAUUGUCGGCUACUUCUCAAAGGAGAAAGAAUCAUCUGAGGACUACAAUGUGGCUUGUAUUCUGACACUUCCACCAUAUCAGAGGAAAGGCUAUGGCAAGUUGCUGAUAGAAUUAAGCUAUGCAUUGUCUCAGUUUGAAGGAAAGACUGGAUCACCAGAAAAACCGCUCUCAGAUCUUGGCUUGCUCUCAUACCGGAGCUACUGGUCACAAACUAUACUUGAGACAAUUUUAAAACUCCAGAAUCCGUCAGAUGGAGAACGCCCUCAAAUAACUAUUCAUGAAAUUUGCGAAGCGACUAGCAUACGAAAGGAAGAUGUGAUAUCCACACUACAGCACUUAAAUUUGAUAAAUUACUAUAAGGGUCAGUAUAUUCUGACACUUUCAAAGGAAACAUUAGAUACUCAACAGAAAGCGAUGUCGAAAAGAACAAUCCGAAUUGACCCCAAAUGUUUGCAUUGGACUCCAAAAGACUGGUCCAAAAGGGGCAAGUGGUAGAUAUUAAAAGCUUCCUAGAGACACUGAAAUCAAAACCAUUCCAUGUUUUUACCUCGUUGGAUAUUUUCUGAACUGUAAAGCAGAUUUUUUCCUGCUACAAAGUCCACUCUUGUUUUAACCCAUGUGAAACUAUUUUAUUUUAAGUGUACAAGCUUAUUUCACAUGUUUGUAGCUUAACUGGGUGACAUUCGUACACCUGUAGACAGCAAUCUGACCUCCUUUGUACAAAUAUAAAAUAUGAACUUUCACAUUUUUUGGUUUUUCGUAUUUCCUAGUAUUGAUAUUGUGUGGAUCAAAAAUACUAUUGCACAGUUUGUGCACUCAAAAUUGUUUAUUUUGACUCCUUUAAAUUUAUAUGCGUGCUAUGGUCAUUUGUAUGUAGCGAAUAGUAUUUUAUUAACCAAGCUAAAUUUACCCUUUAUUUUAGUCAAAGUUAAUACAAUGUGAUUAUGGCUUUAUACUACUUAUUGUAUUGCUUAUUUUGUGACUAUUGAAAAGAUAGAAGGCAGGUAUAGUGGGGUUGAUCCAUUUUCAUGUGGGUAGUUGAGAAACCAUGGAGAUUACACAAUACAGCUCCACAAUAUUGAGGCAUGGACAUUUUUGUUAAACAGACAUGCUAAAAAAACAUGCUCUGCAACCAAUUUACAAAUAUAAGUCCUUGAUAAUAGAUUUUGUAUGGAUUUUAGUUUAAUCUUUAUCAAUAACAACAUGACAAUUCACUAUGGUGUCAUGAUGAUGAUGACUGCUUAUUUUUAUUGUUUGUUUAUACAAUUUCAUAUUCAGCAAUGGAACACCAAAUGUUUGUACUGCUGUGACAGUGUACACAAUAAAAAGUGUCAUAUUUUUAACCUAC